CUCCCCCGGCGGUCUGAUCCCUGCGACCCUGAAACCAACGGCGGCGAUGCUCCGUUCCGGUGGGUCCCCCCAACGUCGGCGCACGCGUCGAUCCCCGGCGCACAUUCACGUGACCCUCACGUGCCCCGGCCCCCCUUAUCAGCCGGCGCCUGUCGCCGCUCUUUUCCACCUACCCCACACCCGGCCCGUCCCUUUCUCUCGGUCCGUCCGUCCGUCCGUCCGUCCGACCCUGACCCUAACCCUAACCCUAACGACGGCGAUUAAAUAAGACGCAGACGGAGUGAGGGAGAGAGAGAGAGAGGGAUAGGAGAAGGGAAUUUGGAAUUGGAUCGGGAGAUGGAGGGGAGAGAGGUGGCGCCGUCGAGGCCGCCGAAUCCGGCGAUGCCGUACCGCGAGGACUGCUGGAGCGAGGGGGAGACGUCGGCCCUGGUGGACGCCUGGGGCGACCGCUACAUCGAGCUGAACCGCGGGAACCUCCGGCAGAAGGACUGGCAGGAGGUAGCCGAUUCCGUCAACUCCCGCCGGGGUGCCGGUCGCCGCCCGCCCCGCACCGACGUCCAGUGCAAGAACCGGAUCGACACCCUCAAGAAGAAGUACAAGGUCGAGAAGGCUAGGAUCACCUCCGGCGGUGCGGAGAGCCAGUGGCCCUUCUUCUCCCGCCUCGAUGCCCUCAUCGGAUCCGCCUCGGCCCCUGCCGUAAAGAAAGCCCCCGCCUCGCCGCCUCUCGCCUUGCCGCUCCCUUUCCACCGCAGGGGCACGCCCUUGCCUGCCGCCGCUGCUGUGCGCUCGGCGGAACCGAGGGAGAAACGGCAGGUCGCCAGCGAGUUCCCUGUGGACAACCCGUUCUUUAGACGCGCGGCCGCAGCUGCCGCAGCGGCUGCAGAGGACGACGAGGAUGAUGAGGAGGAGGAGGUGGAGGGCUCCGAUUCGCUCUCAAGGUCAUCUUCAAAGCUCGGAAGAGGGCUGAAGAGAGGGAGGGAAGGAGAGGGCAACGGGAUUCGGGAACUGGCUAAGGCGAUCACGAGGUUUGCAGAGAUUUACGAGAGGGUGGAGGAGUCAAAGCAGAAGCAGAUGAUGGAGCUGGAAAAGCAGCGGAUGGAGUUUGCUAAGGCGCUGGAGUUCCAGAAAAUGCAGAUCUUCGUGGAUUCACAACUGCAGCUUGCGAAGAUCAAGCGUGUCAAGCGGUCAGACACUGACAGUUAUAUGUAGCAUGCUCUGGUUCAACUUCAUAUCGAUGAUGCAAUUGGAGGGCCAUUUAACAGCGAAGUAUAUGCUAUGUAAGCUGACAUCUUGGUAGUUUGUUAAUUAGUAUUUUUUUAUUAUUGAUCAGGAAUUAAAAGAUGAUGAACUGUGUGUGCUCUGCAGCAGUCACUGCUGUCUAUAAAGGUAACUUCUUAGCUUGUCUAUGCAGCCACUACUGCGGUACUUUAGCACAAGUUUGCAUCAAAUGCAUUUUAAUUCGAAGGAAAGUUUUGCCUUGUCUUUUA